CUUAUAAUAUCCAUUAGACAAGAUAUUGGAAGUAAUUAUUUCCGAGAACAAUAAGUCCAGAUUUAUCAAGUUUAGAAGUUCAAUAUCUUCGUUGAAAGUUGCUACGACUUUUUUUUAACGAAUUGCUUAUAUUUUCUCGUAUUAGAAAAUCAAUAUCAAACCGUGGAAAAUUAUUAAGGCAGCAGUUUCCAUUCUGAUGUAAUGAAUCUAAAACGUAAACGUAAAGUUCUCACUUUGAGGGAAAAAUUAGACGUUAUCCUAAGUAUUGACGAAGGUAAAAGUGGGAAAUAUUUGUCACGUAAAUUCGAAGUCGGUUCAUCCACAAUAUCUGAUAUUAAAAAAAAACAUAAUGAUAUCAUUGAUUUUUCUACUAAACUCAUCGAAAAGGAUGGAAACUUAUCGAGAAAAAUAAUGAAAGGAUCACAAGAUCCUACACUGGACAAUGCAGUAUUCGAAUGGUUUACCCGAAAAAGAACAAGUGGACAGCCGAUUUCAGGAUCAUUACUCUGCGAAAAAGCUCGAUCGAUAAAUCAAACAAUUGACGGAAAUCGCGAAUUUCAAGCCAGUAGGGGGUGGUUAGAAAGAUUCAAGUCUAGGCAUGGGAUAAGAGUUCUCCGGAUUAACGGAGAAAAAUUAUCAGCGGACUCAAAUGCUUCCUCUAUUUUUGUACAUACAUUGAAAUCCAUCAUUGAUAAAAAUGGAUAUACGAGAGAAUUUAUUUACAAUGUUGAUGAGACUAGACUAAAUUAUAAAGCAUUGCCAAUUAAAUCAUUAGUAUUACGUUCUGAAUCAGCAGCACCAGGCUAUAAAAGUUUGAAAGAAUUUGUAACGAUUGUUGUAUGUGCAAAUGCAAGUGGGACCCAUCGAUUACCGUUAUUUAUCAUUGGAAAGUCAAGAAAUCAAGAAAUUAUCAAACAUUCUCAAGAUAUGCCAGUUAUCUACAAAUACUCAAAAAAGGCAUGGAUGAAUCGAGAAAUAUUUACGCAUUGGUUCCGAAAAAUUUUCAUUACGGAGGUUCAAGAGUUUCAGAGUAAAACAGAUAGAAAGAAUCAUGUACUAUUAAUACUCGACAAUGCACCUUGCCAUCCACCAGCUGAUAUUUUAGAUGCUGUUCAUGAAACUUUCAGGAUUAAAUAUUUACCUCCAAACGUGACUUCCAUUAUCCAACCUAUGGACCAAGAUGAUAAUAAUUGUGAUUCUAUAGUAAAGAUGAUCAAAGAUUUGAGCUUAAGAAAAUGCUUUCAUAUCAUGGCUGAUGCAUGGAAUAAUAUUGAUAGCAAGACGAUAGUUCGGUCAUGGAACAAAAUCUUCGAAUGCUAGUCUGUUUGUAUCUAAUUGAUUGUUAAUAAUUAUAUGCGAAAUUCAUUUCUUGGAUCAAGUUGCUAGAUCCGGGUAGAUACACUGAGAAUAAAAGUGUUAUCUUGAUAUUCAUUUCGUUAACAAGAUGACAACGAGUGCGAUAGCUCCUGAUAAAGGUGAUAAUGUUUUUAAGUGCCAUCCGAAUUUAAAAGUUCCUAAAAUUGUGAUAUGUAUCAUUUGUGAUAACGCUUAUCACGAAGGUGAUUUUAAUGAAUACAAAAUAGGUUAUUAUGUAGGUAAAUAUCUCGUUGUGUGUCCUGAUCAUUAUGAUGAAAAUCUUGGAUGGAAGUACAGCAUAAAAUAACUGGAUAUCUAGAUGUAAUAGGAAAGUGGCUAUAUGACAAUCAAUUAACUGAAUGUGCAAAAAACUACUUUUAUGAUUUUCAGAUGAUAUAAAGAUAUAAUCCCCGCUAAAUUUGAGUUGUUGACAUAUAAUGAUAAUAUUAAAAGGGUGAAUUGCUGUAAAUUCUUACAGUUCAAUAUUGAAAGUUCCAUGAGGUGAGACUUUCAUAUGAAAGAGCUGAUCAAGAAGACGACAUUCUUUCUGUUUAUAUUCUAUAAAUUAAAGGGGAUUGUUAAUGAAAAAGCUUGAAGAGUGAUUUAUCAUACACUAUCUGAAAGUAUUGUGGAUUAUGGUAUCGUUGCUGGGGGAGAAUGCUAUAAGAAUGUGGCCAGAUCAUUGGGCAGUAUACAGAAUAAACUAUUAACAUAAUCACGGAAAAAAUAAUGGUAACAACAAUCUCGGCUUUAAAGAUACGUUUGUAGUAGUCUUUGUCACUGUAUGUGAUAACUAUAAUGAUUGUAAAAAGCGUUAUAUCAGUCAUGAAAGAUAAUCUUGAUCCAGAGCUAUACGCUUACCAAAAGUUAAUAAAACUAUAGCUUUUAAAAACUCUAAUUUUGUAGCAAUACAAUAUUGCGAUGUGUUACCUAACAGUCUUAAAUGUCUAUCAGUAUAUAAAGAAUUUUUUGGAUUAAAAUUGACACAGUAGAUUGUAACUAGUUAAAGAUGUAGAUCAAUUUAAUGUAAAUAUUGUAUGUUACACAUAUUUUUAUGUAUGUCUGUAUGAACAUUACUAUAAGCAUUGUGUUUCUUUUUCUAUUGGAUGACCGGGCACAUUAAAUUUUCGUGAUUUUGGGUACAAGUGUUAUACGGAAGGCCUAUGGACAGAUGAUUGUUCUUCAUCUUUGGAGGUGCAUGUGUAUAUAGUUUUUAUGUAUGUAUUCGCGCGUUUAAAAAAAAAAAAGUUUGGAAAAUCCAAAUGCACAUGCCUUAAGCGCUCAUUUUUACAUAAAUUAUUAAAAUUUGAAGUUUUUAUGUAUUCAUUAAUAUAUUAAAAUCAUCUUUGAAGUAAAACUUUUUCAGGCGUGACUUGAAGGUAACUCAG